AUGGCGCAUUUUAGGUGGUGCUUCUGGUUGAGGAACCCGAGUGGUCAGCAGCAGAGUGGCUGGUCUGAGCAGCAGACUUUGGGUCACUCAUUCAAUUCGGUGGAGGACUUUUGGUGUUUAGUAAACAACAUUACGAACCCAUUUGAUACGUCUAAUGGAUCAAACGCCAAUAUUGAUUACUCGAUUUUCCGGAAAGAUGUGAAGCCAGACUAUGACGGAGACGAGUUCAAGAAUGGUGGUCGUAUUAUUCUGAAAUUAAACGUUAAAUCAAAUACACCUGUCAAACUUUAUGAUGGAUGGAUCCACGUCUUACUAGCUCUCAUCGGUGAGAGUUAUGACGAAAUUGGCUCUCAGUGUUGUGUCGGACUCCGACUUGUUAUAAAAAGGAGUAAUGUCAAAUUCGAGAUUUGGACCGUUGAUAAGGAAACAACCAAAAUAAAGACUCUUACUGAAGCAUUCAUCAAACUCAUUACUCCUAUUAUCCAACUCAACAAACCACAAGCCGAAUUCGAGUCAUUUGAUAAAUCUGUUACCUUUAAGGUCGCCGUCGAAGACUCUAAUUAG